AACUCCAGAGUGAGAGUAUUAGAGCAUCAGUUUAGGAGCCUCUUUAUUUACCCUUAGUUUAGUUUAGAUGUAGGCAUUCCCUGGGACGCAUAAAUCGGAUGGUAUAAAUUGGAUUUGUGCGCAAAUGGCAAACGCUUACGCUCUGAGAUAUCACUUAUAACCCGAUUUUCAGGAAAUAUAUGAGCUAAAUUAUGCUUUUCUCAAAGGGCACUACGGCAAGACUUUGCGUGGUGUCCAAGGCACUCACUGGUAUUUGAGUUUUUUUAUUUAUUUAUUUUACCCGGACAGUUUUUUUUAGGGGUGGGGGUAAUUUCCCUCAAAGUUCUCAAAAUUUCUUGCUGUGGAGGGAGCGACAAAGGGGUUAAAGAGCGUAAAGCGGGGGAAAGUGAAUCAGUAUGGAAGAAAAUGAUCACGGCAAUAGAGAUGCGGUGGAGCGGCAGGAUUCAGCGGAUGAAUCCAACAGAGCUAUCCUGCCCCUGUUACAGGCGCCGGGGAACCCGCAGAUCCCGCAUCGGGUCACCAAUUUCUUCAUCGACAACAUCCUGCGACCGGACUUCGGACGGAAGAAGGAUGCGGGCGCGCACCGAGAGGAGAGCAUCCAGGCGUCGCGGGAGAGCCGCGGCAGCCCCGCCGCCCCUCAGACCGAACCAGUGGGCAGCACGGUGCCGGCGGAGGGGACCUCCACUCCACACACUGUCACCAGCACCAAGAAGCCCGCGAAAGCUGCAGAUGAGUCCCUAAAACCCGGUGGGGAGAACGGAGACCAGUGCCUAAGCUCAGAUUCAGACAGUUCCCAAGCCAGCUCGAACCCAUCCAUGUCGCAGCCCAUGCUGUGGCCAGCCUGGGUCUACUGCACCCGAUACUCGGACAGGCCUUCUUCAGGGCCAAGAUCUCGCAAACCAAAGAAGAAAACAACCAGCAAAGAGGACAAGCGACCACGGACGGCCUUCACAGCGGAGCAGCUGCAGAGACUAAAGUCGGAGUUCCAGACCAACCGGUACCUGACGGAGCAGAGGCGGCAGAACCUGGCCCAGGAGCUCGGUCUGAACGAAUCCCAGAUCAAGAUCUGGUUCCAGAACAAGAGAGCCAAGAUCAAGAAGGCCAGCGGCACCAAGAACACUCUGGCCUUGCACCUGAUGGCGCAGGGACUGUACAAUCACGCCACCGUCACUUCGAAGGACGAGAAAUCAGACAGCGAUUGAUUCCCAGAGAAGCAGCAGCCUCCUGAC